AUGUGGAGUUCAUCAUCGGGGUAUCUGGUGCUUUUUGGGGUCUUCCUGUUGGCUACGUCUAUAGCUGGUCAAAGAAACACCUCAAAUGUCGUUUGCUAUCAGGGCACUUGGUCGGUUUACCGCCCUGGACUAGGCAAGUUCGGAGUGGAAGACAUCGAUCCCUUCCUGUGCACUCACUUGAUCUACGCUUUUCUGGGCAUCGAGGAGACGGGUCAGCUCCGGGUCAUCGAUGCCUAUCUCGACCUCGAGGAUAACAGCGGUCGAGGAAAUAUAAAGAAUUUUAACGCCCUGAAGCUAAAGAAUCCCACGUUGAAGACCUUGGUAGCCGUGGGCGGUUGGAACGAGGGCUCGAAAAAAUUCUCGUUGGUGGCCAGCGAUCCUGCAAAGCGUUCGCGCUUUAUAGACGAUGUAGUCCGAUUUCUGCAACGACAUGGAUUUGAUGGAUUGGACUUGGACUGGGAGUAUCCUGGCCAGCGACACAGCCUGGAGAACGACGACGACAAGACGAACUAUAUUACUUUUCUAAAGGAGCUUAAAGAAGGCCUUCAACCUUUUGGCUUCAUGCUAAGUGCCGCGGUAGGUUCUGCCCAAUUCUCUGCAGAGAUAUCCUACGACAUUCCAGCGAUAGUUCCCUACCUGGAUCUCAUCAAUGUGAUGGCCUAUGAUCUUCAUGGUCCUUGGGAUCCAGUUUUGGGCAUCAAUGCGCCCUUGUAUGCAUCCAAAAAGGAUGCGAGCGAUGCCUCAGGACGCCAGCAGCAGCUCAACGUGGACGCCAUUGUCAAAUACUGGCUGCAGGCUGGAGCUCCUGCCGAAAAACUGGUACUGGGAGUGCCUUUCUAUGGUCGUACUUUCACAUUGGCCAAAGCAGAGGACCACGAACUGGGAUCGCCCCACAUUGGCAAGGGAAUUGCCGGAAGGUAUUCGCGAGAACCAGGUGUCCUGGGCUACAAUGAGCUGUGUGAACUCAUGCAGGAGGAGGACUGGACACAGGCUUGGGAGUCAGAACAAAAAGUCCCCUACGCCUACAAACAACGCCAGUGGGUGGGCUACGAGGACGUGCGAAGCCUGUCCCUGAAGGCACAAUACGUUCUGGAACACCAGCUGGGUGGCAUUAUGAUCUGGUCCCUGGAGUCGGAUGAUUUCCGUGGCACCUGUGGAAACCAGCGAUACCCCCUACUACAUGAGAUUAAUCGAGUGCUCUUUGGAAGUGACACCCCCAGUGGUUUGACGGAUAAACCAAAUGCUGGUCAGCCCAAAGAAGGGUUUAGUUGUCCGGCAGAUGCCACGGAAGGAUACGUGCGAGAUCCAAAGAACUGCUCCAAGUUCUAUUACUGCAAUGACGGCAACACCCACAGUUUCGAAUGUCCUUCAGGACUAGGUUUUGACCAAAACACAAAGUCCUGUAACUAUUUAUCCUCAGUAAAUUGCUAAAACUUUAA